AUGAGCUUCAUUCAACGAAUCACGAAACGGCUGCCCAGCGCGCCCAGCCUGCCGUUGGAGGAUGCCCCCAACGAGAAAGGCCGCCUCCAUCCUAGAUUCGCCUUUUUCCGACGAAGGAUCCGCCUCAAGGGCAACUCAUCUAUUUCUAUACCCCUGGGGCUUGUUUUACUAUUUCCAUGUCUUGUAAUUGUCCUGAUUCUGCUUCUGUUUGUGCGACACCCUGCCUCCCCCGGGGGCAUCUUAAUUCCAGCGGGCACUCCGCCUUCCAUCCGAAAAAUCAGUGAAAAACACGAUAAGGUCUUCGCUACGGGAUGUAUGCCCAUUGAGCCCGAGGAAAUCGCAAAGGCCCCCCGCGCCAAUGCCGCCUUUGUCGUUCUCGCCCGUAACAAGGAGCUUGAUGGUGUCAUUCAAUCGCUCAAGUCGAUCGAAAGACAUUUCAACCGGUGGUGGCACUACCCCUAUGUUUUCCUCAACGAUGGUGACUUCGAUGAGGAUUUCAAGGCUACCGUCAAGAACUACACCAGCGCCGAUGUGGAAUUCGGCAAGAUCGACAACUCGAUGUGGGGAUUCCCCGAUUGGGUCGAUCACGAUGUCGCCAAGGAGGGCAUCAGAAAGCAGGGUGAUGCUGCCAUCAUGUACGGUGGUAUGGAAAGUUAUCACCACAUGUGUCGCUUCUACUCAGGACAUUUCUACAAGCAUCCUUUGCUGAUGAAGUACGAAUGGUACUGGCGUCUGGAGCCCGAGAUCAAGUACUUCUGUGACAUCACCUAUGAUCCAUUCCUCAAGAUGGCCGAGGCCAACAAGACAUACGGUUUCACAAUUGCAGUCAAGGAGCUCCGAGAAACCGUCCCCAACAUCUUCCGAUACGCGGCCGCCUACAAGCGCAAGAACAACCUGAAGUCUAAAGGUCUAUGGGAGAUGUUCUUGGAGCAGCCAGAGAAGCCCGAGGUUCCGCCUGAGGAAAACAACCAAGGCAAAUUGCCCGACGAAAUCCUGCAAACCGAAGCCGGUGACAACAACCUGAAGGACAUCGACCCCGAGGCUAUGGAGGGUGAAAGCUACAAUAUGUGUCACUUCUGGAGUAACUUCGAAAUCGCCCGUCUGGAUUGGUUCCGCAGCAAGGAGUACGAAGACUUUUUCACCAUGAUGGACAGAAGCGGUGGUUUCUGGAACGAGCGAUGGGGUGAUGCUCCUAUUCACUCUCUCGCCGCCGGUGCUCUUCUCGCGCCUAGCGAUAUCCACUACUUCCGUGACUUCGGUUACCGCCACACCACUAUCCAGCACUGUCCUGCGAACGCCCCAGCCCGCCAACUUACCCGCAUCCCCUAUCUCGAGAAGACUACCGAAGAUGAGAAGAAACGCAUCGAGGAGGACGAAUACUGGGCCAAUGCCGACCAAGUCAAGGAAAAUGGCGUCGGUUGCCGAUGCCGUUGCGACACCGACAUUGUCGAUGUCGAAGGCAAGCAGGGCAGUUGUCUUCCCGAAUGGGUUGAAGUUGCCGGUGGCUGGUCCUCGCCAUAA